UCCCCCUCAAACCUGGAAAACAAGGUAACAACAAUGGCGAUGUCCGUUUCCAUUUUAGCCAUCAUCACCGCCCUACACCUCAUCGCCUUCGUCUUCGCCGUCGGCGCUGAACGACGCCGUAGCUUUGCUAAGGUGGUGCCCGAUCGGUACGACGAGAGGACCUACUGCCUCUACAGUACGGAUGCGUCGACGGUGUACGGACUGUGUGCUUUUGGCCUGCUUCUUCUUAGCCAGGUUAUUGUUAACGGCGUCACUAGAUGUCUCUGUUUUGGGAAAGGCCUCGUCUCCGCCACUUCAUCCACCACUUGCGCCAUCUUCUUCUUCGUUUUAUCCUGGCUAAGCUUUCUUGGAGCCGAGGCGUGUUUACUGGCGGGAUCAGCACGGAAUGCAUACCACACCAAGUAUCGAGGGAUCUUCGGUGGAGAUGACUUAUCAUGUGCUACGCUCAGGAAAGGGGUGUUUGCUGCUGGAGCUGCUCUAACUUUGUUGUCAUUGGUGGGAUCGAUCUUGUAUUACUGGGCUCACUCCAGAGCUGAUACCGGAGGAUGGGAGAAACAUCAGGAUGAAGGUCUUGGAAUGACACAGCAGCCUCGUGAAUUUGAGAAGGUGUAACUCUAUCGUGCUUGAGGUUGUUUAAUUUCCCCCUAAAAUUUUGGUGAUUUCUGUUAGAGAGGUAUGUGUUUAGAUCAAAAGAAUUAAUGGACCGAAUGAGCUGUGGAUCAAUAUAUAUAAGCUAGGUAGCUUGAAAGUUUUAUUGUAUUAUAUAGGACACUUCCUUGGUUAAUAUUUACCAGUGUACUUUGCCUAUGUUUUCAUCGA